AUGUCAUCUCUACCAAGGAGGGUGAAAUCUGAAGCCAAAGCCCUUACGUCAGAAGAUGAUGAACUACCUUUAUUUCUUAAUUCGAGUUCUGAAUCAGAGGAGGAAGAGGAGGAGUGGGAGCCAAAAAGCAAAAUUGCCAAGAGACCUCGGUUGCCAAAGAAAAAUGAGGCAAAAACUAAAAAAGUUGCUGCUUCACGGUCAGCUGUGGCCAGGAAAAAGGUCAGGAAGGUAGCAAUAAAAGAGGAAAUGGAUGUAUCCUUGCCUAUUGCUCCUGCAGAAGAUAAUAGAAUGCAACUCCUAAAACCUAAGGAAGAAGAUGUAGGCAUUAAACCAAAAACAUUAAAUCAAAAGCCAGAAGUGCCGAAAAAAAUGGAAAUAGAUUCAUUCCAAGGCAAGAACGUAAAGAGUUUGGAGAGUGAUGAAAAACCCUCAACAAGUUUUCCUGUAGUGGGAAAUCAAGUGAAGCAUGAGAAAUCUGAGGAGGAUUUUGCAUUUGAUGAACCACCUUUUAAAAAGAUUAAGUCAACUACAUGUCCUGAAGGAAAGCCAGUAAAAAAUCUAGGAGGCAACAAAGUAAAAGAAGAAUUUGAAAUGAACUGGGAUAUUGUACAGGCCUUGUCAGAAAUAACAAAUGUUGAACCAUGGGUAUGUGCAAACUUAAUUCGCCUCUUUCAAGAAGAAAACACAAUUCCUUUUAUUGCUCGGUAUCGAAAAGAACUCAUCAAUAAUCUGGAGGCCGAUGCCUUGCGAGAAGUGCAGCAAGCAUUGGAAGAGCUUCGUACUGUUGCGAAGAAGACGCAUACAAUGAUACAGAAGUUGAAGAAAGAAGGGAAGUUAUCUGGAUGCCUUUUAACAGCAUUAUUAAAUUGCAGAACUUUGGAAGAAUUAGACCAUGUGUCUGCACCUUAUAAAACUGGGAGUAAAGGCACCAAAGCCCAGAGGGCCAAGCAGCUGGGAUUAGAACCUGCUGCGCUCUCCCUUCUGCAGAAUCCAAUGGAACUCAAUCUCUUUUCUUACAUUAGACCUAAUACCAAAGGACUUUCAACUAUCCAGGAAGUAGAGGCUGGAGUACAGCAUAUUUUAGCUGACAUCUUCGCUAAAGAUAAAGAUACACUGGAUUUUAUCAGGAAAUUAUGUCAGCAAAGGUACAUUUGUAUCCAGUCAGCCUUGGCAAAAGUGUCGUCCAAAAGUGGAAAUGAAAAAGAUAUUGAUAAAUUCCAACUGUACCAUGAGUUUUCUUGUAAUAUAAAGAACAUUCAGCAUCAUCAGAUUCUGGCCAUUAACCGAGGGGAAAAUCUGAAGAUCCUGACAGUGAAGGUCAACAUUCCUGACGGGGUGAAGAAUGAGUUCUGUUGGUGGUGUGUCAAUGAAAGAUGGAGACCAAAACAAUUUUUAAAACCAGAAUUAAUGAGGAUACUACGGAACUCGGUAGAGGAUGCAUAUAAACGCCUUAUAUAUCCACUCCUCUGUAGAGAAUUCAG